CAAACAUCUUUUUGCUGGUGUUCUUGUUUAUGGCUUUGUUGCUAUGUAAACCUUUUGGCAUAAAUACGUCGGCCGCCGUAGUUUACCGUAGUGUUCUCCCCUCAACUUUCGAGCUGUUUUGCAUUGAUCGAUACAGUAACCUACAAGUAUCAUGGCUAGUUUACUCCGCGUGUUGUUAUGUUUAACAGUAUGUGUUGUAAUAUUAUGUCAACCAACCAACGGGUUGGACAAGAAGCUACUCACCAGACUUUAUCGAUCACGAUGUAUCCCGGGAAUGGAAAUGAGUAGGUUCUGUCAUGGUUCAAAAGAUAUCACCGAGAAUGGACUGGAUGGAAUCGAGGAAAAAACUAUAAAUGAUAACGCCGGGCACGGAAUCAGCAACAAAGUGAAUGACGUCGACGAUGAAGUUAGAUCAUUCCUGAAGUCUUUGAUCAAAGAAGUAAUCGAAGAAGACUUGGAGGAAGCAUUGAUCGACUGAAAAUAUAUGCAAAUAUCUUGUUGCCGAGUCACAGUGUUGACACCAAUUUGUGCAUUAUUGUUUUGCAAUAGUACAAUAAAUAGAGACAUUUUACAUCUAUAAUUUAUACAACUUGUUACUGAUUCAAGCAACACACAAGUAAAGUCGGCACUUCUUUUUUUUUGUUUAUCUAAGAAAUAUUUUAAUUUUUAUUAAUGAUCGUUUUAGCGUGACUGUAAUAUGUAGAAUGACUUCUGCAUUUCAUAUUUGUAUACACCUGUAGCACUUGUCUCUAUGGUUCAUAAUUUUGGGGUUUCAUAAAUUAAUCCAAAACCAUGUCUCACGCAAAUACAUGUGAAGUGCUAAUAGAAUAAAUCUUGACAUAUCGGCUAGUA